AUGAAUAUAACUAAAUUUUUGUACUCUUUAUUGCUUAUGUUCAGUUUGUUCCUUAAUAUAAUUUCAGUAUUGAGUGUAUUAGUUGAUGUUUUAAAGUUAUUUGAACUUUUUACUUCAUUUCUAUACUUCAAAUGUGAUCUUCAUACAUUGUCAAUGAUCCAGUUAUGGGAUAGCUGCAAUUGUCAAGGACCAAGGAAGUUUGUUGUCCAACACCUUCAGUUUGACAAGUUGACUGCUCGUAGAUGCCAAGAAUGUGGACAAACACUUCCUCCAACCUAUCAACCCCCGGCUGACGAAGAUUGGUCAACUGGAAUUUUUGGGUGUACUGAAGAUACCGACAGUUGCUUGACUGGACUAUUCUGCCCAUGUGUGUUAUUUGGACGUAACGUGGAAAACUUGAACGUUGAUAUCUCUCAAAGGGCUGCCUGUGUUGGUCAUAUCAUAUGUGUCGAAGGUGGUAUGACAUUUGCUGCAUUGACAUUGUAUCGUUCUCUCGAUUUGCCCAUCAGUUUGCGGAUGAAAGGCGGUGCUGAACCUCAACUCUGUUUCCAUUGCCUUUUGAAGAUUUUGCCAAAAUCUAGAAACAAACUUAGAAUCCUUAUCUGA